CGCACCAUUUAUGGGCAGUCAUGUCGCGUAGGGGGCAUUUUCACGGCAAUUUUAAAUAUUCGCUCAUGUUUGUACUCUGUGUUUGGUUCAUACAGACAUCUUAUGGAGGAAACAAACUGGAUGCCCGCAUAAACAGGAGGGGUUGUGGUGUCUCCGAACCAAUGGGAAGGGUUUACAAUGGAAACCGUAUACGCAAACCGCAGAUUCCCUGGAUCGUGGAGAUUCGCAUUAUGGUGGACAGCCGUCACGGAUAUUUGUGCGCCGGAAGCAUCAUAUCACACAAUGUUAUAUUAACCGCGGCGCACUGCAUUGAUUACAAGCCCCCACCAAAGAAGGUGGAAAUCUACUACAACACAACGAAGCCGAGCAAUGGACCUGUGACUCGUGUUGUGCGCUUCAUGAAGCAUCCGAAUUAUGACCAAUAUCACGCCCAAAAAUAUGAUGUAGCGCUACUGAAGGUAGAAGACAAGAUUAGGUUUGAUAGGUUUGUGAGGCCGAUAUGUCUGCCAAAAAGACACUUCCGGAUUGACGGCAAAAAACUCAUGUCUGGUGGUUGGGGAAUAAUCAAUAAUCGAGAACCUUCCGAAUUCGCAAAAACACUACUCUACAUUACUCUUGAAGCCAUGUCGCAUCAAGCGUGCGACGAAAUUUUAAGCCAUAUAACAGGCGACUGGGGUGUUUUGGAUUCAAAAUUUGUACUGUGUGCGAAAACCAAUUCAAGUACACUUUGUAAAGGCGACUCCGGUGCACCGGUUACAAUGAUACAAGACAAUAGGAAGUCCGUGCAACUUGGCGUGCACAGCCUCGGAAUAAGUUGCGAUAAGAGAGGGAUUUUUGUAUUUACAAUUCGAGUCUAUAAAUUUAUGCCAUGGAUCAAGAAAACCCUACGUGACCCGGAAAGUUGGGAUACGCUACCUGCUGCAUAGAUAAGAUUACUGGGGAUCACUAUUUCACUUGCACAGAUG